AUGGCCUCUGAUUCGGAAGUUCCCAAACAGGAGCCUGCGCUCACGGCCCCUGUGUCUUCAAUCCCUCAGAAGCGCGCCAUUGACGAGGUGCACAGCCCGGCGCGGCCAUCGCCCUUGAAUCCCGAUGUGAAAUUCGCGGAUCCACCUUCUCAGACAGACGAUGACGGACAAGCACGCGCAAAGCCCGGUAGAAUGAAGAAGGAGACAUUCAAGAAGCGCGAAGCCAAGGGCGAAAGUAUUCCCGCGACCCCUGACCCCAAAGCCGCCGACACAGAAAUCGAGCAGAGCAACUCAAGUCCACUGCGCUACAAGCUCACGCCACCCAAGCCCUCCGACUUUGACCCGCCGAGAGGGCCGGUCCUGACACUUCACCAUGAGGCCAUCAUGUGUGAAGGUGACGCUGUAGAGUUCUUUGAGACAUCCGAUCAUGUCGCCAAUAAGAAGAACUUUCGAUAUACACACUGCAUAGCAGACCCACGUUUUCCUUCGAUGAUCUACUAUCGCCAGACUGAGCCCGAGCCUUUCGGUCCCCGGUUCAGCUUUGAGGAUGCCGCGUCGCACGUCUUCUUUGACAAGUCGGCGCGGACAGUUACCACUGAUAGAGGCUUCCGCAUGGCGCGCGCCAAUGUUGCGGUACGAGAGGGUAGGUGGUACUGGGAGUGCAAAAUCGCCCAAGGAGUGCGACCUCCGCCACCGGGAGAGACGAAACCGGAGGGCGGCAAGCAUAUUCGCAUGGGGUGGGCGAGGCGAGAAGCGUCAUUAGAUGCGCCGGUUGGCUUUGAUGCUUACAGUUACGGUAUUCGCGACGUCGCGGGAGAAAAGGUUCACAUGUCCCGUCCAAAGGAAUUCUUUCCAGCGGGCGAGGGCAUUCGCGAAGGCGAUGUUAUUGGAUUGGAAAUUCAGCUGCCAUCCGAGCGCUUGCAACGCAAGAUCAUGGCGGGCCAAUACCACCCUGCAGUCGAUGCAGCUGACGAGCCUCCACCCCCGACGGCCGAAGGAGCAAAUAUUGUGCGCGAUCGCGUGCCAAUUCGCUUCAAGGCACAUACCUACUUUGAGAAAAUCGAGUAUCACACAACGCGGGAGCUAGAGGACCUUAUGAAUCCAUCGCCAUCCACAGCCGCCAGCGUCAACUCACACCCACCCCAUCCGACGCAUUCCACGCCUGCCCUCCGAACACUUCCCAAUUCCUAUAUCAAGGUGUACAAAAACGGGGUGCUCAUGGGAACGCCAUUCGAGAACCUACUAGGUUUCCUGCCCCCGGCUUCGCGGCCACUCAUGCCGCAAGUUGGCGCUCGCGAUGGUCUCGACGAUGGCAUGCUUGGGUACUACCCAGCCAUUAGUGUAUUCCGCGGCGGAGCGGCAGAAGUCAACUUUGGGCCAAAUUUUUGGUAUCCGCCUCCUGAUUUCGACGGUACGCAAUCAGAGCCCCAGGGCAAGAAGCUGCGAGCAGUAUCAGACAGGUACAAGGAGCAAGUCGCAGAAGACGUUGUGUACGAUAUUAUUGACGAGGUGGAUUUCUGGAUGCAAGAUGGGGGCCACGGCUCAGCCUCGGAGGGGGUAAACGCAAAGACGGAAGCAGUAAAUCUGGCCCCCGGCCGCGAAGAAAUCAAAGAACUAGUGGAAGAGGAUUGA